AACUGACUCCAGGAGGAACUUUAUCAGGGACUGGUCUCAAGGAGACGGGGAGCGUCGCCCUGCUGUGCCGGCACCUGCCCAGGAGAGGGGGUGCAGGCAGGCAAGGGGUCAUGCUAUGCUCGCUGGGCAGGUGACAGUCCCCCACUGCUGCCCUGACACGCACCGAGAGCCGGGGGCCGAGCCAUGGCCAGGGAGCUGAGCCAGGAGGAGCUGCUGGAUUUCCUCUGCCAGGCUGGGGGGCGAGUGACCAACGCCGCCUUGCUGGGGCACUUCAAGCGCUUCCUGCGGGACCCCGGGCCGGCCGGGCAGGUGCAGCAGCGCCGGGAGGAGUUCAAGAGCCUGGUGAACUCGGUGGCCACGGUGAAGCAGGAGGCGGGCGGCGGCCCCAAGUACGUGGUGCUGAGGAAAAGGUACCGGGACCUGCUGGGCGAGCAGCUGGGGCCACCUGCCGCGGAGCCGCCCCCGGGGCCCGGGCGGUGCCAGGGACAGGGCCUCGCCGGUGCGUCCCCAGGGCAGGAGGCGGCUCCUCCAGCCGCCCAGCCAGGGAGCGGAGCGGGCUCCCCGGGGAGCGGGGCGCGCUGCGGGCUCCAGGAGCAGCCGCGCCCGGCACCCCCUGGCCGCCUCCCCCGGGAUCAUCCCCGCUCCUGCCCGGGCGCGGCUGGCCGGGGGGCUCCCGGCCUCCCCCAGGCUGACUCAGGGAGGCAGGGAGCGGAGCCGCCUCCUGCCGCGGCUUGGGCCGGCGGCGGCCAGGGGCACCCCCCGGAGCGCUGCGCCCAGAGCCCCGAGCUCCGCCGGGCUGCCCCGCACGCCCUCCCCGGGGCGCCCCGGGCUCACGGCCCCUGCGCUCCCGCCGCGCUCCAGCAGCAGCGGACCCAGGAGUGGGUGGAGAGGAGCCGGGGUGCGGGGCAGGUGGCCCCGGACAGCUGCUCCGCUCCUCGCUCGCCCGGCGGCACCUGCCCUGCCCCGGCCCCGCCGACCCCCGAGGCUGGCUGGAGAUGCCCCCCGCCCAUCUUCCGGAGCAUCCGGUGCCAGCUGGCCCUGCAGGACCUGGAGGACUUCGUGGAGCAGGCGAGCCCCGGGAGCGAAGAGGGCGGCGGGGGUGGCACCGGCAGCGAGGGGAGUGACUCUCCGCUGGAGGCAGGGGACACGGGUGCCAGCCCCGCCGGGGGAGCAGGCGAAGGGCCCAGGGACCCAGGGGCGCUAGACUCCCGCUGCCAGCAGCUCAGCAAUGGGGCACCCAGCGACCGCUACCUCCGCAGCCAGCGCCCAGCCAACAGGCAGGUGGUGGAGGUGAAUGGCACUGUGCCCUGCACCCGCCGCUCCUUCCGGAGCAAGAGCACCUACGGGAGCAGCAGGGUGUCCUCCUCCGAGGAUGAGCUGAGGGACCAGGACCAGGGCAGGAGAAGCCGGCGCCCCCGGAGGUCCAGGAAGAUGGCCAAGGGGGCAAUAUUGGCUUCCCCAGGUGUGGACACUCCCAUCACUUUCCAGUAUUUGGGCUCUGAGCAAAGACAGACUUGUGUGCCCACAGAGGAGGUGCUGCCAGUCCCCCACAGCCCUCUGGACCCCAGGCCCUCCUCCGUGCCGCUACACCCCAGGGAACACAACUGGAUUGUCACGGUGGCUGCUGGCUCCUGGGUGCAGGUCCGGGCGCUCUUCCUGGAAGAGCCCCAGCUUGCUUUGCAGAGGGACUUUAUCUCCGGCUACACCGCGCUCCACUGGAUCGCCAAACAUGGAGCCAACCAAGUGCUCCAGGACUUGGUCAGUGGGGCCAAGAAAGCGGGCACCCCCCUGGAUGUGAAUGUGAAAUCCAGCUGUGGCUACACCCCAUUGCACCUUGCAGCCAUCCAUGGACACCAGAGGAUCAUGAAGCUGCUGGUCCAGGAAUUGAACUCCAAGGUCAAUGUGCGGGACAGCAGUGGAAAGAGGCCUUGGCAAUACCUGAGCAGCUCAACCUCUGGAGAAAUGUGGCAGCUGCUGGGCGCUCCCAAGGGCAAGACAAUCUUCCCUACCCAGCCCUUAGUCAGACCCUCCUCACCCCCCAGAAAGGCCAAGAGCCAGGAGGUGGCCAGGAGCAUCAGCAGGAAAACCUCCCUUGUGGCCUGCCUGAAGCCAAAGCACAUGAAAUGGAAAAUGGCUACCAAGUACCCCGCCCUGAGGGAGCGGGAGGAGUAUAGCGACUGACAAGGCAGCAGGGCCAGCCCAAAGUGGGGAGCACAUGUACAAGACUUGUGUAUAUGCUACUGAGCCCUUCUAGGCAGGUUGUUUGCACAGUGCAGGGUCAGUCUAGAGGUGGAGGAGAGGGGGCACUUUCUGGUUAACUAACUCUUACACUUUAAUUACUUCUGGAUCCUUUUCUGGCCUAUUUUUGAUAGACAAUCCAUCUAGAAACCUUCUGUCCAAUCAGCUAAUGCUGUGACAACUCCCUGCCAUAGAAGAUAGCCAACUCUGGGAGGCAGCUGGGGGCAUUCGCUCCCUGAAGCUUAGCCACGAUCUGCAACUGAGAUACUUGAGAUCUCAGACUACUUCCCUCCCUUCUAUCCCCCACCAUGGCCCCUAGUUCUGGCAGUUAGUCUCAGAAGCAGGUCUUUAGAUGCUGGUAAGGUGGGGUGGUGAAAGAUCUGCAAGGGAGUAAGUAGUGAUCACAGGAAGAAAAGAUCUGAGAAACCCUAACUCAUCCCUAUUUGCUCUUGGUUUCAAUCUGGAGGCCAGGUCAGAGAGUAAGCUAAAACUCAUCUUCAGGUACUUCCUGCUGUGGAGGGAGAUCAUCACCCAAACAAUAACCGAAACAUUCACGUGUCAGGGGGUGGGGUGGGGGUGGGGAUGAUAAUGCUGUUAAAUUGGAACAUCAUAUGCACUAGGCAAGUUGCCAGCCAAGAUAAAUUAUUUGCCUAUAGACGGGUGUGUGAGGAGAGACUGGAGACACUUUCCUUGGGAAUGUUAAUGAGAGAUGAGGAAUCCCUGGCACCUAGAGACCCAGCCUUUAAAGCUGCUUUGAUGAAAAUCCAAGAUUUGUUGUUUCAGUGUGGAUCAAAAGAGUGACUGAAAAAGGCACUGUCACAAAGAUGAGACAUAUGGCUAAUCUGGUUAAAAAACAAUGUUUUUAAAUUAACAAGGUUCA